UUAUUAUUUUAAUAGUCAUUAUUUAUCCAUUGUGUAAGAUAUGUUUUCUAUGUUGAAUUUGCUUUGAAACUCGUCUUUGACUUUUUUACUUAUUGUUUUUUUAUCUCUCUGAAGCUAAAAGCUUCCUUCUUUUUAUUACCACAAGAGGCCUUUUCUUUCCUUCAUUCCAGUAUAAUUCUUGGGCUUUUGUUUUUGGAAAAGGUCCUAUCUUUGCUUUUUAAUGUGUUAGUUUUUGUACAAUUUGAUUUGGGUUUUUGUUUUUGGAGGUGGGAAUUUGUAAAGUUGGCAAGAACUUUGAGGUCCCUUGAGUUUCUUGAACUUCAGCUAUAGUUUCUUAUUUUUAACAUGGUGUUUCAGAGGAAGAUUCUGUUUAGUUGUUUUAAACUCAUUUUUUAUUUGUUAAUUAUAAACUAUAAAGUAUUUAUUUAGUUGCUUUUAUAAGCAGUCUUUGAUUGACUACUGAGAUGUUUCUGGUCUAAAUUCCACUUCCGUGGGCAUUUUGGUGGCUCUGGUUGCAAUUGGAUUUGAGGAAGAGUUAGAAGUUUGCAUAACUGCAAGAAUAAGAGUGUUGAACCCAUAAACAAAGCAUGAGUCAACCUAAAAUCAAGCGUAGAGUGGGUAAAUAUGAAGUGGGAAGGACAAUUGGUGAAGGAACGUUUGCAAAAGUAAAGUUUGCGAGGAAUUCUGAGACAGGGGAACCUGUGGCCCUGAAGAUCCUUGAUAAAGAGAAGGUUCUCAAACACAAGAUGGCUGAACAGAUCAAGCGGGAGAUUGAGACAAUGAAGCUUAUCAAGCAUCCAAAUGUUGUUCGAUUAUAUGAGGUGAUGGGAAGUAAGACAAAGAUAUUUAUUGUUUUGGAGUUUGUCACCGGGGGAGAGCUUUUUGACAAAAUUGUAAACCAUGGACGGAUGAGAGAAGAUGAAGCUCGGAGAUAUUUCCAGCAGCUUAUCAAUGUAGUGGACUAUUGCCACAGCAGGGGUGUUUUUCACAGAGACCUUAAGCCAGAAAAUUUGUUGUUGGAUGCUUAUGGGAACCUCAAAGUUUCAGAUUUUGGGUUGAGUGCGCUGUCCCAACAAGUCAGGGAUGAUGGCCUGCUUCAUACAACUUGUGGAACUCCAAAUUAUGUCGCUCCUGAGGUUCUUAAUGAUAGAGGUUACGAUGGGACUACUGCAGAUUUGUGGUCAUGUGGAGUGAUACUUUUUGUAUUGCUAGCAGGGUAUUUGCCUUUCGAUGAUUCAAAUGUUAUGAACCUGUAUAAAAAAAUCUCAGCAGCUGAAUUUACUUGCCCCCCUUGGCUCUCUUUUGGUGCCAUGAAAUUGAUAACUCGAAUUUUGGAUCCCAACCCUAUGACUCGCAUCACCAUACCUGAAAUCCUGGUAGAUGAAUGGUUUAAGAAAGGUUAUAAGCCUCCUGUGUUUGAAGAGAAAGAGGACACCAACUUGGAUGAUGUUGAAGCUGUUUUUAAGGACUCAGAAGAACACCAUGUAACAGAGAAGAAGGAAGAGGAGCAACCAACAGCUAUGAAUGCAUUCGAGUUAAUUUCUAUGUCUAAAGGACUAAAUCUUGGGAAUUUGUUUGAUGGAGAACAGGAAUUUAAGAGGGAAACGAGGUUCACGUCUAGAUGCCCUGCCAAUGAAAUAAUUCACAAGAUUGAAGAAGCUGCCAAGCCCCUUGGUUUUGAUGUCCACAAGAAAAAUUACAAGAUGAGGCUUGAGAAUGUGAAGGCUGGGAGAAAGGGAAACCUGAAUGUUGCUACCGAGAUAUUUCAAGUGGCACCUUCCCUUCAUAUGGUUGAAGUGCGUAAAGCAAAGGGAGACACUUUGGAGUUCCAUAAGUUCUAUAAAAGCCUUUCAACCUGCCUUGAUGAUGUUGUCUGGAAAACUGAGGAGGACAUGCAAGAAACGAAGUAAAAGUUGUGCCAAUUUUGAAGUGUACAAGUACAUGCAUUAACGGCACCGAUGCAAAUGUGCUAUAUGUGCCCUACAUCUUUGUUCCUUUAGUUUUUUUUUUCAUCCCUUUCCCUGGAAAUAUUUUCUCAUUCCCAUAGAAUUAGGCGGACAUGGCUUUUCCAUUUGUUUUCCUUGUUAUUAAUGUUGGGAAACAUGGAUGCUUCUCAUAGUCCUGUUUGUUUUUCUUAUUUUCAUGGGGUGGUUUGUUUUCCUCUUCUAUAGGAAGAUUUCAAAUUGAUGAAAGUACUGUAAUUCCUGUUGCUCCUUUUUCUCGGAAACUUUUCUCAGAAGAAGAUUGUGUUUACUGUUGUUUCCUUUCUCCAUGUUAAUUUCUUAAUUCUCCAGUA